CAGAAGAAACUGGUUUUUUUUUUUUUUUUUUAAUUGAAUCAUGCCAUUUGAACAGACACAGCCAUUUUGUGAUGAAAAACAAACUACUUUGAAAAAAUUUGAUGCAAGAAAUGAGACAGCAGAUACUCUUGGAUCAUUACCUACACCAAAAAUUUCAGAAACUAGUUUUCAUUACAAACUAAAAAAUGUAAACAUCAGUUUGCCCAAGAUAAAUAUUCCAAAUGAAAUCUUAAUGAAACAUGAAGUUGAAAAAUACAGAAUAUUAUUUCAGAGUAAACCACAGACCGCAAGGAAAUCUAUCAGUGUAAAGACAGUAACUUGUGCAGAAGAAUGUGUACUGCCUUGUAAAUCUGAGAGAGUUGAAGAAGAGAGUGUAAACAUGUCUGCAAAAAUACUCAACUUCAGUUGUUUAAAAUGCCAAGACAGUACUCAGUAUAGUCCAAAUGAUUUGCAGAAACACUUUGAAAUGUGGCACCAUGGUGAGUUACCUUCAUUUCCUUGUGAAAUGUGUAGUUUUUCAGCAAAUGACUUCCAGAUAUUUAAGCAACAUCGAAAAACCCACCGGAACACUUUUGUAAAAUGUGAUAUUUGUAACAGUGAGCGUUCAUAUACAUUAUUGGACUUGACAAAACACUUCACAUCUAACCAUUGUGUUAAUGGUAAUUUUCAGUGUGAAGAGUGUAGGUUCUUUACCCAGGAUGUCGGCACAUUUGUUCAGCACAUCCACAGACAUAAAGAAAUGCAUUAUAAAUGUGGAAAAUGCCGUCAUGUCUGUUUUACCAAGGGAGAACUUCAGAAGCACCUUCGUGCCCACUCUGGUACUCUUCCCUUCACUUGUCACUACUGUAGCUAUGGUGCCAUUCAUAAAGAUCAGCUUGUCAGACAUGUUAUAACUUUGCAUAAAGAACACUUAUAUGCGAAAGAAAAACUGGAAAAAGACCAAUACGAUAAAAGAGUGGCAACUACAACAGGACUUAAACUAAUACUUAAAAGAUACAAAAUAGGUCCAACUAAGACGUUUUGGAAACGUAAGACAGUUACCAAUGGGAAUGAAGAAAGUAUAGGAAAAAAUGCUCAAGUGUUUAAUACAGUGAGCAAAACACAGACUAAAUCUGAAGACCAGAGUCAAGAGCAAUUAAAUGAAGAAAAGGGUAAAAGACUGCAUGGUGAGAAUGGUGAUAAGCCCACAGAAUCAGAAAAGUCAACUCUGCUGUCCACUGGGCAAUAUAGUAAAGCUGAUGAGAGAGCAAAUGCUACUUCAAGUUUCUUGAAGAGUGGUCUCCAAGGGCCUACAGUGUUACUGGUGAGAAAUAAUAAGAUAACAAUUCCCGCUAACUACAGUGCUAAGUUUAUGGGUUUCAAGAUGGUAGAUGGGAGACAGCAUAUUGUAAUAAAAUUGUUGCCUGUCAGUAAACAGAACUUAUCUGCACCAGCCUUACAACCAGACAAAGAAAAGAAUAGUACAGCUAAUUUGCCACCCCAGGCUUUGGACAACACUGGAUUUGCAACUGGAGUAACAACUGGGGUGAAUGACACAGAUUUUGUGAAAGCAGCUCCACUUUCAUGUUCGUCUCCUGUGCUUUCCAGGAAAGAAAUUUCUGAAAAAGAAAUGGCUUUCGUAUCUGAAAAGAAUAAUAUGCUUCAGACAGUAGGUAGCAGUAAAAGUUCUUUGCCAGCAACAUCAGAAUCAGUUACUGCAUCAGUGGCUUUGACCACAAAAGUUGAAGCAACAGAUAAUGUUGACUUGUGGGAAAAUGACACCACCAAGAGUCAUCCAGAUGUGUUAAGUACCACCAACAUUAAAAGUCCAGAUAAAGUCAACGUUACCCCUAAGCCAAAUGCAUACAGUUGUGAAGAUAUGCAUAACUAUUGCAUUAAUUAUGUCAGUUCUGAGUUACCUGAUGAAUCCUCCAGCCAUUCUGAUGUCUCCAACCAAGGAUCAUUACCUUUUCACAAUUACUCAAAGGUGAAUAAUAAGCGUCGUAGAUUUUCAAGAACAGCAGUGUUUGAAAAUCUUCAGAAGGACUCUGCAAACAAAACAGUUACUGAAGAGUCAACUAGUGAUAGUGAUACACUUUCCUCACCAAUGAGAAAGGAGAGCUCCAACUCAGAUAGCCUGUCAGCAUCUGUCAGCCCAUUGGAUGAUAAAGAUGGAACUUUAAAAAUGAAAGCUGAAAUUGAAGAACCGUGUAAUUUAGAAGAAGGACAAAACUUUGAUAAACACAGCCUCUUCACUAAUGAAAACCAAGACUUACUGAGUGUGACUGAAGAAGCUAAAUGGGAUGACAUUCCCAGUGCUGGCUCCCCUAUGAUGCCCAGAAUCACAUCUGUUUUCUCUCUGCAGAGCCAGCAGGCUUCAGAGUUUUUGCCACCAGAAGUAAACCAGUUACUUCAAGAUAUAUUAAAACCAAAAUCUGAAAUAAAAGAAGACUCUGUUAACAUUCCCAGUAAAAACCUUCCACUUGAUUGUGACCAAACAUUUAAAAAAGCUGAGGAAGAAGAAAUGAUAGUAGAAUCUUCAAAAGACUUCCAAGUGCAAGAUAUUUUCCCAGGCCCAUCUGCCAGUGUAGGUGUUAGUGUGCCUAGAAAUGAUCUGAAUUUAAAAUGUAAUGGACAAGAAAAGCAAGUGGUGUCAGUAUUACAAGAUGUGAGAGAUUCAGAGGUAACUGCUAAAAUUCCAAGUAUUAUCACGUUACUUAAGACUCAGUCAGAUGCAAUAAUAACACAACAGCUUGUAAAAGACAAACUCCGAACCACAACACAAAAUUCAGGUCCUGUGUAUAUUCAGAGUCCAUUUCUAACCUCAGAACAGAAAAAUCCUGUAUUUGUUCAAACUCCAAAAGGUUUUAUUAUACCAGUGCAAGUUGCUAACAAGCCUGGAUUCCAUGUUUUCUCUGGAAGACAGCUCCCUUUGGUUAAUACACAGAGUGCACCUGCUUCUCUCCUUGUAAACAAGAAACCUGGAAUGCUUUUGACAGUUAAUGGGAAACCUGAAUGUGUUCCCACUGUCAAAACUGAGAAUGUUCAAAGUUAUGGAACUGUAACUACGGAACCUUGCAAAACGCCUUUUCUGAAAGUAGAACAAAACAGUAACUGUCCUACACCUACACUUUGUCCCAGUGUUGGCCCUUGUGUCAACAUGAAAAGUUGCUCAGAGAAUACAUUGCCAUUGAAGGGUCCUUACAUUAUUAAAACACCAGUAGGUUCUUCAAUGAGGGCUGUUCAUUUUCCUAACAUUCUACCUGAGCAGCAGGGCCCUAAGAUGAAUAUUUUUGGUACAGGAAAACAACAGACUGAAAACUUGGCCAAAGCAUCUCUGUACACCCUCAUGCCUGAUGGUAAACAAGCUGUGUUGUUUAAGUGUAUGAUGCCAAAUAACACUGAACUGCUUAAGCCUAAGUUAGUCAGAAAUAGUCCUUACCAAUAUAUUCAGCCAAAGAGACCUGAAGGAGUACCACAGAAGAUACUGGUAAAAAUUUUUAAUCCUGUUUUAAGUGUGAGUUCUGCUAAUAAUCUUUCAGUUAGCAACUCUGCAUCCUCAUUUCAGAAAGAGAAUGUACCAUCUAAACUAGCAGGACUUGGAGAGCAGAAAGAGCCAGAGUCUUCUAGAGAUGCCUUACCAGUCUCAGAUGGUUUGAUGCCAGCAAAUGAAACUGUUCUUACUUCUACUGCAACAUGCCCAGAAUCUUCUAAGGAACCAGUGUGUAUCAGUGAGCAUUCAGAAACAAGAAUGUUAAGGUAUAAAGCAAAUUGUACAACGGAGAGAAAUUUCAAUAAAAGAAAGACUUGUAAAAAUAAGUUUGCAAAAAUUAAGACUCGUAUAAGUCAAGAUUCUGAAAUCACCGUUGUAUCUAGAAACAGAAGCUGUAAACGAAAGUAUAUUGAUAAUUACCAAGAACCCCCAAGGAAAAAGUCAGCAUUGUAUAGAAAGUGUAGAGAAAAGGCUAACUCUGAAGAUGUUCAGGAAACAUUUGGAUUUAGCAGACCCAGACUUUCAAAAGAUUCAAGUAGAACUUUGAGACUUUUCCCUUUUAAUUCCAAACAGCUGGUGAAAUGUCCUAGGAGAAACCAACCAGUUGUGGUUUUGAACCAUCCUGAUGCAGAUGCCCCAGAAGUAGAACGGGUAAUGAAAACUAUUGCAAAGUUUAAUGGUCGUGUACUAAAGGUUUCAUUGUCACAAACAACUAUUAAUGCUUUACUGAAACCAGUUUAUUAUAACACUUCUGAAACAACUUACAGUGACUUUUCCAAGAGACACAAGAUGCUUAAGCCUGCUAAUUCUGUGAAAGAAAGAUUUGUGCUAAAACUAACGCUCAAAAAGACAAGCAAAAAUAAUUACCGGAUUGUAAAAACUACCUCUGAAGAUGUCUUGAAAGCUAGGUUUAGCUGCUGGUUCUGUGGUAGAGUUUUUGACAAUCAGGAUGCGUGGGCUGGCCAUGGGCAGAGACAUUUAGUGGAAGCUACUCGGGAUUGGAAUAUGUUAGAAUAACUUACUGUGAUUACCAAGCAAAGAUACUGUAGAAGGAAAAAAUGGGCUAUGUUGCCAUAAUUCAGGCAUUUUCUACAUUAAUAUAGUUUUUGAACAUUUUAAGAGUUGGUUAUAUUUCUGUGGAAAAACAAAAGCUUUAUGUGUGGCACUUGAAAAUGCCACAAAUACACAUGUUUUAAAGGAAAGUAAUUAGCACAGAUAGACCUUGAUGCAUCUAUGGGAAGGUAGGGCUAAGGAAAUUUGUGAUAAAAGAGUUUUCCCAGUUGAGUUUAGAGACUGGGUAGAGAGAGGGUAAUGGUGGACAGCUCCAUUCCCUUUCUUCUCCCACCAGCCUUAUAAAUCUAACAAAUAAGAGUUUCUCUAGAGUUGGAGAACCUUUUCACACAUGAGUUUCUUAUGAAGAUGGACUGAGCUUGAAUAAAGUUACUUUCUGUUAACAGUUCAUUUGAAAGGUAUGUUCCUUUGAAGCGACAUCUUACUGGACUGCAGUUAAACUUGAAAUAAUGCUUAAGGAGUUUUGGGCAAGUAACUCCUGUUGCUGUUAAUGCUGCCCUGUAUCAGAUAAGAAUACCCUCCCAAGAUGAUUCUCUGUUUCUGUGGCUGGCUCAAUCAUUGAAGUAAAUGGAGCAGUCUCCAGAGGAGAAAGAAACUUUCUGUAAAAUUCACUUGAAAGUCAACAUUUUCCUGAAUUUGGUUCUAUUUUCCAGUUGUCCCCUGCACAUUAAGCUUAUCUGAUUAGAGGUGUCCAUAACCAAAGGGCUUUUUUUCUCCCUUGGUUGGCAACCCUUCAAAAUGAACAGAAAGAAUGUAGAAACACUUAGAAGGAAAUGGCUUUUCUUGAAAAUUAAAACUAUUUUUACAUAGAUAAUAUUUUGAAACAAGGUUAGCAAAGCAGAUCAUAUUUUUGCUUGUGUUUAAUUACUGUUCUUUCCUAAACAUGUCCACUUCAGGAUAGACUGUUUUCAUUAGUAGCUUUUGAGGAUGGCCAACAACCCGAAAUAGAAUAGUUGGCAUUUGAAAAUAGAGAAGCAAGCAUUAAUGAUGGACUCAGUAGCAGUUCAUAAAAUUUUAAGAAAAACUCCUAAGAGACAUGUCCAACAAUUUCAAAAUGGACUUUCUUAAUAAUUGUUGAUCUUAGGUUACCAUACACUUUAUUAUCAAUUGUUUUUGCCUCAUUGGAUAAUGGAGUUCUAUUAAAUAUGACGUACAAUGUAAUUUUUUGUUACUAUACAUAUUAAUGACACUUCAUUGGUUGGAUCCAAACUUCAGGGCUUCUUUUUGUAUAUAUAAAAUGUACAUAUUUUUGUACUUGAUUAUGUAAAUUUGCACAGAAAGUUUAUGACACAAUAAUUAUUUUCUUUCAGUUCUGUGCAUGCAUUAAUAAAAGUGGGUGAUAUAAAAAGGAGACUGUACCCAUGUUAUCCUACUGUUUUUUUUUUUUUUUUUUAUUUCUGACCUUUUUUUGGUUUAUACAUUUUAUUUUUUUCAGGGAUUAAACACUAUUUUAGCAAGUGCCUAAAAAUUAUGUGAACAGUUUACAUAAGCCAACUGUAACAGUAGGUCCUAAAUGGGCCCAUUCCCCUAAUUGUUUUGAUUUAAAAAAAAAAAAGCCAUAAAUAGAUGCUUCAAGCUAUAUUGCUAUGCACAUUAUACUUAUACUGUUUUUGUGCAGUUUAUCUACUUUCUUAGUGGAGUAUUUUUUGUAUAAAACCUGUUAUAAUUGUGUUUUUUAAUUGAGCCUGAGUGAAAUUGAUUGGAAAUACACAGUAUAUAUUAAUAAUGUACAUGAUGUUUAAAGAAUGGUAAGCAUUGUUAAUUUCCUUGUUCAUUGUUAAUGAAGGUUUUGAAAGUUUUCUUCAAUUAAACUUAAGCUUGUGUUUA